AAUUGCACAUACCACAUAAGCAUGAUCAUUUUCUUAGGCAAUUGUGUCAGAGCAACUGAAACUCUAACAUAGGCUGACCGAACUGUUUGAUCAUGAAGCGUGGCUUUUUCCUGGUGUUUUUUCUAUCAGUGUUACACCAAGCUAAAGCUGUACAUCUGGAGGUAAAUAACAAAACCAGCGAUUUCAUACUUGACACCAAUUUAACCGAUGUACUACCCCUGCACUGUGAAGCAAAGAACCACACAGGGAGCGAGUCUUUGAUCUGGUACCGGGAUAGUCGUCCCCUCAGUCUCGAAGAUGAACACAACAUUAACUCGAGCCAUGUCUGCAUCGCACCUCUGUCACCCAGCGACAACGGAAUCAAGUUUAUAUGCUUACUGAAAAGCAACACCUCCAUCAAAAGGAUAGCCACCCUGAAUGUUACGUUUUGCCCCAUACUGAGUGGAGAGAACUCUUUGACAGUGGAAGAGGGAAAUAAUGUGAAACUAGCAUGUGGUGUCCAAGCCAAUCCUCAGGCUGAUAUGUCUUGGAAAAAAAAUGGCACAAGCGUUAAAAUGCAAUCUCAUUAUACGCAAUACCUAACCAAGAAUGCAUUUGAGCUCUCCUUUACCAAAAUAAAGAUAGAAGAUUCCGGAACCUACGUUUGUUCUGCAGUCUCUACUUAUGGAACUACUACAAGAGAUUUCAUAUUGGUGGUCGAAGCAAGAAAAGAUGUGUUACCUGUGGAAGCCAUUUGUGCAGCAGUGGUUGUCGGGUUUCUUACAAUUGCCUUUGGAGUGUUCGCACGCAGGGAUAAAAUAUUCAAAAAGUGCAUGAAAUCAAGAGAUGGCACUUCCCUGUAAAAUAUCUGAAGACUACACAUUUAUUCAAAAACCUCACAAUAGUAUGGUAUUUCACAGGAUAAGAUCAAAUGAUGACGUAUUAUGCAAUUGGACACACAUAUGAUUGAUUGCUUUUCCUGUAUAAAGUGCUGUGUAUGGGGGAAACUUUUUUUUCUCAACAUAUGUUCUAAGGUUUAAGUUAAUGACUUAUUUUCACUAACUUGUUUUAUGAGUUCUGAACAAAACACGACAAAUUAUACUUGUUGCCUGUGCAAUUAAAAGGUGUAAAAUCAAGACUGGACCUUGUUCACUUCUGAUCACUCCUCAUCCUGUUGUCCUUAACCUCCUUGUAUUACACCUAAUAAAAGUCAUGAGUGCA